AUGUCUUUUGAUAGCGCAACAUACAGUCACUUGACUGACUACACCGUAGGAUCGUACAACUCACAGUUAGGGUACUUCAACGUCAUUCCUAGCCCCAGUGCAAAUCAGGCCGUCUCCACCUCCAUCUAUUCCAUCACAAGACUUGAUGCAACCCUCAGGCUUGACGUCCACCUUCUCUCAAGAUACAAUCACAAGCCAAAUAACUUUGCUUCUGAUUGGCACAAAGUCAUCGGGCAUUGCUUGCAGCCAGGGGGAUAUAUGGGUUUCUGUAACAAUCAAGACCAGUUACAGACAUGGACUACAAGGAUGCUUGCAGCUCUCGAGACACAGCUUGUUUCCGAUUCUGCUGAUUAUGAUGUCAUUGCAGAAAUUAUCAGCCUACAGAUGGCCAAAGAAAUUUGGCACCAUAUAGUCUUACGUCCAGUAGCAUCUAAUCCUUCCGUUAGCAUAGCCGAUAUCUACUGGGAUCAAAUUCUGGACCAGCAAGGAGAUGUUUCCCUGGAAGUAGUUGCGUUCAUUUUUUAUGAAUGGUGUCAGAAGGUGCUUAAUGUGACACUGGACAGAAUGGCUGCCGCCAAUGUCAUUCUGAUAUACAAAUGCAUCCUGCGUCUAAAGGGCCCACCUCUGGAUAAGAUUCAGCACGUAGCCAGGGACCUUGGUUUUAUCAGCUUCUGUGGAAGAUUUUUCCGCAAGAGCCUUGCUUCUGAUGAUGAGGAGGCAAUAGAUGAGACUAGCUUAGACACAGAGGCAACUAAUGAAGAUUAUGACUCAUAUCUGGACAAUAGCAAUGACGACGUCAAACCCAACGGUCACGGUCACCAACGCCGGGUAGCAUCCAGAAAGCUUCGUCAGCUUAAUCAACAUCCCUAUGCACCCCCUGGAGGCCCUAUUCCACCUGAAGACAUUAUUAAUGCGCAGGCUACAUCUAUCCAAUCCACCAGCUUUAUCACCUCUGAUGCACUCAUCGCGACACUUGCCACUCCUCAUGUAGAGUCUACUGCCUCUCAUUUGAAUGUUCGCGUAUGGGUCGAUAACACCGUGUCUUAUCUCAAACAGCAGGAAGGCAUCCAGUUAGGUGUUUGCUCAAUAGAAGCUAUGAUAGCACGCUGUCGGUUGGUUUCAGUUCACACAACUGGCUCAAGCUUUACAGCCAUGAUCACAUACAUGCAGUUGGCCAUGCAAUGCCAAAGUAUCAUCACAGCAUCUGAGGAGCAUUCCAACAUUCGUCAAUUUUACAAUAAGGAGGUUGCAAAAUUGGAAAAUGCCCCAUCUGAACGUACUUUUCAUCGCUGGUAUGAACAUGGCUGCAAAUUCAUCUUGCUAGCUGCGGGCGGGUCAUUCUACGUGCUCGUUAUCAUCGCAGGUCUGGAAAUACGUUGGAAAGUUGCCUCCAUGACGUUUCAUGUGCUUCGGCAAGUUGGUAAUAUGUUGAGGCAGCCAGGGAAUGGCGACAAGGCAGACUUAAUCACUCGACGUAUCAUACCUACCAUCGCCUGGAUUAGAUCCCAAAUACCGAUUUCCCUGCAAAAGAUUUUUCCCUCUUCAUUUCUGACAAGAGUGGGGGCCAAGAACUCCCUGGACUGUACAGACUUGGAGCUCAGUGAUAGAGUCUUUGAUGUGUUCAGACAAGAGAAUUUUGCUCUCCCUGCCAGGGAUACAGUAGCCUGGGGCAUUUUCAAAUCGGACAUCACUGAACAGAUGCUUGUUAUUGGUGGUAAGGGCAUAAAUGGCCUCCUAAAAUCUUUGAUGCAUCGCCCUGGUGGGGUAAAGCGCUUCAGUGUUACUGUCAUCAGAACAUUGUUUGACCACAUGCAUGGUAACAAUGUGCGAUUCCCUGCAGAGAAUGACCGGAAGGAGAAUGCGAUAUGGACAGAGAGCGAGUGCGUGAAAGCGGCGGCUGGGGAAGUUGUUAGGGAUCUUGAUGACUUAAGUAACAAGUUGGAUGAACUCUAUGUAGAGGGCUACAGAAACCACAACAGAUACUUACGCAUACCAAUGCACAUUCUCAAUGGCGGUAUGCUUGAUUUACGCAAUUCAAACGGAAGUCUCAUGGCCUUUAUCUGUCCCUCACUACCAGAGACCAUUCGCCUUUGCCUCACCAGUAGUUUGCUUGCCUGCUUUGAAAGCAAUCUGGUUUUGCAAGUCCGCAAGUUUUACGAUUCAGAAGGGGUGCCACAAGUGGAGGAAGACACCAGUUCCACUUUAGAAAAGCUGGCGGAGAAGACUCUUCUUUAUCCCUUCCAGUGCCUGCAUUUCUCUCUCUGGAAUCGCUACUCAACUGUGGGAGACAAUGCACCCACUCAUAUCCAUCCUCAUAACAUGGUUAGGGUGGACAUUGGUCGCACUAAUCAUAUGCAGUGUUUACCCUAUCCUUCAAGAGACAUCUUGGAGCACCAGGAACUAUAUAACAACAUCCUGACUACAUUUGGCAAACUCUUUGAGUGGAUUGAAAUGGUGAUGAAGGAGUUUUUGCCAGAGGAGUAUGAAGUUUUGGUGGAACUUGGCCAGAAUCUUCCUGGUGGAGAAUGA